AUGUCAACAUCAACAACCACUAGACCAAUUGUUAUUUCAGGACCUUCAGGGACUGGUAAAUCAACUUUAUUGAAAAAAUUAUUUGCUGAAUAUCCAAAUAAAUUUGGUUUUUCAGUAUCAAAUACAACUAGAAAACCAAGAGAAGGGGAAGUAAACGGUAAAGAUUAUCAUUUUGUAACAGUUGAUGAAUUUAAAGAUUUAAUUGCACAUAAUAAAUUUAUUGAAUGGGCUCAAUUUUCAGGAAAUUAUUAUGGUACAACUAUAAAAGCAGUUAAAGAUGUUGCAGAUACUGGUAAAAUUUGUUUGUUGGAUAUUGAUAUGCAAGGUGUAAAAUCUGUUAAAAAUACUGAUUUAAAUGCAAAAUACCUUUUCAUAAGUCCUCCUUCUAUAAAAGAAUUAAGAGAAAGAUUAGAAGGUAGAGGUACUGAGACCAAGGAAAGUUUAGAAAAAAGAUUGGAUGCAGCUACUAAUGAAAUGGAAUAUGCUGAAACUGGUGCUCAUGAUUUAAUAAUAGUUAAUGAUGAUUUAGAUAAAGCUUAUAUUGAAUUUAAAAAUUUUAUUUUAGAUCAAUAG